UGUGAGAAUUGCUCCAUUCACGCACCGGUUUGAAUUUGACUAGAAAAUGACAGGUGUAAAGCCAUCUAACGCUGAUAAUCCCAUUGUAUUCUUUGAUAUAUCUAUUGGUAAUGUGGACAUUGGUAGGAUAAAGUUUGAGCUGUUUGCAGACAGUGUCCCAAGAACUGCAGAGAACUUCAGGCAGUUUUGCACAGGUGAAUAUAGAAAAGAUGGAGUACCUAUUGGCUAUAAAAACUGCAUAUUUCAUAGAGUGAUUAAAGAUUUUAUGGUCCAAGGAGGGGACUUUGUCAAUGGGGAUGGCACAGGACUGACCAGUAUCUAUGGAGGAUCAUAUGCAGAUGAAAACUUCAAGACAAAACACACAGGACCUGGCAUACUUUCUAUGGCCAACAGUGGAAAAGAUACAAAUGGUUGCCAGUUCUUUAUAACUUGUGCUAAGUGUGACUUCUUGGAUGGGAAACACGUAGUAUUUGGUAAAGUGAUAGAUGGACUACUAGUUUUAAGAAAGAUAGAAAAUGUUCCAACUGGCCCAAACAACAAACCUAAGCUUCCUGUCAUGAUAAGUCAGUGUGGAGAAAUGUGACCAACAUAGAGAAAAUAAAAUGUGAUGACCAUAUAAUGAGCUUGGAGGCUUGUUUGCAUCAAUCUGGGAAUGACCAUCUGUGAAUAGUAAUAAAUUUAUUAAAGAUGUGACACUUCUCAGUGUGUAGAAGCAUUGUGUCAGAGGAAGCGAUUGUUGGAUAAACGCCUCUCUAUUUUUCUAUGUGAAUGAACACCUAGGUGUGAGAGGAUGGUUACAUUUCUCUUGGAAGGUCUAUUGCUUUCUUUUUAUCUCGACUACUGUGAAAAUUUUUAUUAUACAUGGGAAACCAGUUUGCACAGAUUCUGUGGAUGUGUCAGUUCCAAGAUUAAAAUCCAAAAUGAACUAGCAUCAUGGUAUGUCGAAAUCCAUGAAUUCAUAUAAGAACAAUUCAACCAUUUUAGGCAGUACAUCAAAAUUUGAUACCUUAGAAAUUAAAUGAUUUUCUCAUUGUAUGUGCAGAAAAUAAAACACAAGAAAACCUUGUAGUAUUCUACAGGAUAUUUUCUACAGCUGAAAAUAUUCUUUUUUUCAGUUGCAUUUUUUUUUGUUCUGGAUAUUUUAAUGGAAACUGUCUGGAGAAAUAAUUGACAUGAUCAGAGUAUUAAUUGACAGUCACGGGUUCAGGAGGGACUUGUAUAACUUUUGCCACAUAUGAAUCAAUAGUCAAAUAACCAAUAGCCAAAAGGCAUUAACCUUAACAAGAGGAUCUUCUAUGUGCAAGACCAAGACACCUGGCUCAAAGGUCUAGGUCAUAUUUAGAGGUCAAAGAUUUUAGGUCUUACAUCCAUGGCUCUAACGGUUUUAUUUUUUUAUUAGCAUUUUAUUAAAAGAGCAAGUAUGUAAUAUGUUGACUUUUUAUGCUAUUAGAAACUAUUAAAAGUCUUAGAAUACUUUUGAAAACAGUUUAAGAAUUACUUCUCUUUACAGUUGAAUUAAAUUAAUUAAUUUGAAUUAUGAUGUUCCUUUUAUUCUUAUAUUUUCCUUAGUUUUAAAUCCUACGGUUGUUUGGAUCGAUUUUUUUAUGAAAGGGGUAUUCAGAUGAUGAAAUGAUACUAAUUAUCUUUUGGUGACACA